GAGGAUAUUAUCAUGGAAAACUUAUAUUUCCUCGGGAGUUUCCCUUUAAACCACCAAGUAUCUAUAUGAUAACACCAAAUGGGAGAUUUAAGUGUAACACAAGGUUAUGUUUGUCCAUCACAGACUUCCAUCCAGACACGUGGAACCCUGCGUGGUCCGUCUCCACCAUCCUCACAGGUCUGCUCAGCUUCAUGGUGGAGAAGGGCCCCACCCUCGGCAGCAUCGAGACCUCCGACUACACAAAAAGACAGCUGUCAGCCCAAAGCCUGGCCUUCAACCUCAAGGAUAAAGUGUUCUGCGAGCUGUUUCCCGAUGUGGUCGAUGAGAUGAAGCAGAAACAGAAGGCCCAGGAGGAGUUAAGCGCCCGCACUCAGCCCCUGCCCUUACCCGACGUGGUGCCCGACGGUGACCCUCAGCACGCCCACUACGGCCUCCCCGCCCUCAACGGAGGUCCCGUCCCGCUCGGGGGCGCCAACCCCGCCCCCGGCCUGCAGCAGGCCAAUCGGAACCACGGACUUCUAGGUGGGGCUCUAGCCAACCUCUUUGUGAUCGUAGGCUUUGCGGCGUUUGCCUACACAGUCAAGUACGUGCUGAGGAGCAUAGCCCAGGAGUGAGAGGAGCCGGUGUUGUAGGACGACGCUCCCCCUGCAGGCGAGCCAGCUAGCGGACUCCACAUUCUACAAACACACUACGUGGGGGAAGGAAGUUCUGUCCUUGGUUAAACCCCUCCUCCACCACCUCCACCACCACCACCA